UUUCCCUAUCCUUCUUUAAUUGUGCUGAAAACUGGGAUCAAUAAAAAAGAACUAAAAUCUAAUCAAAGCUCUGAGCUUCUCCAGAAACGAGCCAGCAUGGUAAAAGAAAUCCAUAAUAAUGUUAUAACAGGUUGUGAGACAACAGUUUAUAAUAUCCAGUGUCCAAACUCAUAUCGAGAUAAAGAAAUAUAGAUGAAGGGGGAAAAAAAUCGAGGUUGAAAAAGGAAAUCUGUGGGAUUAUGAUGUGGAAUAAUGCAGCGAUGGGAUUAUAUUUAAUCACGCAGAUCAAUCGAGGAAAUCUGAGGAAAAUAACACACACAAAUCUAAUCCACGCACGAUCAUUCAUGUCGCUGUCUCUUCGUCUUACCAUCAUUUAGGAAAAAAACACAGACACACAGACACACACUAAGGACUUGAACUCAGAGAAAGAGAGAGAGCGAGAGAGAGAGAGAGAGAGAGAGAUAAGGAGAGAAGAAGAAGAAGAAGAGAAAGAGAGACAAACCCUUCACCUUAUUACACAAACCGAAUUACGGCCAAUAUUGUGAGCCUAAGAGGUCUGAUGAAAGCUUCAGCAGUUCGUUACUUUCAUUACAGAGAUGUUAUUUGGCCAAAUAAAGGGAAUAAUGAAAGUAAUAAAGACAAUUACAAACUCAUUUGAAUCAUAACAAAAUGCAACGGAAGUUUUCUGAGGGUUUGGAGAGAGAGAGAGAGAGAGAGAGAGAGACAGAGAGAGAGAGAUAGAGAGAGAGAGAGAGAUGUGCAAAGGAGUGGCCAAAAAAGGGUCACGGAAAUUAAACCACGGAUUUGGUUAAAGGUCCUGUGCGUAAAAGUGGAAUAAAAUGAAAAGAGAACAAGAGAUUGUAUAGUGGUGGUGUCAAAAUGACAGGAGUACAAUGAAAAAGGGAAAUAGUGUUUUGAUGACAGCAGCUCUGUCAGGUGGCAAAAUGUACAUUUUACGCAAGGAAAAACAUGAUUCAGACAUUAAAAUGCUCUUUCACGGUGAAUAUACGGUAAUUUCACAAACAAGAAAUGAAAACAUCAAGCAGAGAUGUUUCUGAUACGUACUAGUGCGAAUCAAUGGAGAUCAUUUGUGUACUUUUCAAUUGAGGAGGCAAGUGUAAUACAUCUGGUGGAGAUGAGGAAAACGAUGAGACGGAACCCGGCUGAAAAUAAAUGCAAUUUUGGCACAUUUUAUGUACAAACCACAGAAAUACGUCCAUAAAGACCACAAUAUGUUUGUGACAUACUUGAUAAUGGUGCAUGCUACCAUUCGGCUGCCUCGGUAUCACUAAAUGGACAAAAACAGCGGUAGUAGCUGCAGGAGCCGCCGUAUUCGUGGGUAUAGGCAGACAGAAAGCUGAGGCAGAGAGGGGGGAAUACUAUGUGAAAUCCUGCCCAAGGUAUACAGUCGCUUAAAAGGCUUAAAAGCCUGGAGAAAAUUGGAUCAGGGAGAAUCGUCACCCAACUUUCAUUAUUUCCAAGUGGUGUGAUUGAAUUAAAGGGCAAGAUGGUGGUUGGAGAGAGGGAGCGGGGUGGAUGGGUAUGGAGAGGGGGUGCGUAAUGGCGUGGUAUUAAAUUCUAAUUAGAGAUGCAGGGGAUCAAUGAUAGGGAGGUUGGACAGCCCGGGCCCCCAGUGCCAGCCCAAUAGACUGAUGAGUUAUUGUCAUGUAAAAAAGCGCUAGCAAUAAGACCAAACGCUUUGCUAUUGUCCAAGCGGAAAGAGCCAAGUUUAUUAUGAGGACUAUAUGCUCUAGAGACCUCGGGCUAGGCGGCUCUUAGGGGGCUUUUCAUAAAACAGGGCUAGGUUCCUAUAAAGGAGGCCACUUUUGGAGCAGGCGCUGAGCAGUGAACAUCUACAGGAGUCCAGCCUCCUUUCCAUCCAGUUCAAACCAAAACCAGACAUCUUUGCCCCCAGUCUCAGACGCGCGUCGACAUUAUUCUUUUCUUUUUUUUCAAUACAUAUAUUUUUUCCUCUCCAGAACCCAUUUUUGGGGUGUUUCUAUUUGUCUUUUUUUCCCUGGAAGUGCAGCUUUCUCACUCCACCGAAACUUCUCCAAUGUAUAAAAUGGAGUAUUCUUACCUAAAUUCCUCUGCCUACGAGUCAUGUAUGGCUGGGAUGGACACGUCGAGCUUGGCAUCGGCCUAUGCGGACUUCAGCUCGUGCAGUCAAGCCAGUGGUUUUCAGUACAAUCCCAUCAGGACCACUUUCGGUGCCACCUCCGGCUGUCCGUCCCUCACUCCCGGCUCCUGCAGCCUGGGGACCCUGCGGGACCACCAGAGCAGUCCUUACGCUGCGGUGCCCUACAAACUCUUCACGGACCACGGUGGACUCAACGAGAAGAGGAAGCAGAGACGCAUCCGGACCACGUUCACCAGCGCACAGCUGAAGGAGCUGGAGCGGGUUUUUGCUGAAACCCACUACCCUGACAUCUACACCAGAGAGGAGCUGGCACUUAAGAUCGAUCUGACUGAAGCCCGUGUCCAGGUUUGGUUUCAGAACAGACGUGCCAAGUUUCGGAAGCAGGAGCGAGCAGCUGCAGCGGCCGCCGCGGCUGCCAAGUCCGGUUCCGGGAAGAAGUCUGACUCCAGAGACGAAGACAGCAAAGACACCAAAUCCACUGAUCCAGAUAGCACAGGAGGACCGGGCCCGAACCCGGUGCAAACCUCCAACUGCGGCGGACCGAGUCCCACCGGCGGGCAGGUCAACACCAGCGGGAACGGACAGGUGGAGCAAGUCAAGACCUCGGUGUCUACCGGUAUGGGAGUGACAGCACCGAGCCAAGGCUGGGCCACCGCCCCGGGGACCAUCACAUCUAUCCCGGACUCUCUGGGCGGGCCGUUCGCCAGCGUACUGUCGUCUUUGCAGAGACAGAACGGAGCCAAAGCGACGUUAGUAAAGACCAGCAUGUUCUAAUGAAGACAAGCAGAACAGAGGAAGAGAGAGAGAGUGAGUGAGAAAGAGGGAAGAUUCAUCCUUCUCCUAAGACUGAAAAGCAAUUCUCCGACGGACAAUAAGAAUCAAAACUUUAAAAAAAGACGAACAUCUCCUUUUGUUUUUAUUUGCGACGUCCCUUCUUACCCUCUCGCUGUAAAAUAUCCAUCUUAGCAAGUCAUACUGUCUUACAGUAGCUAUUUUGUUUCCUACAACAAGUGAAUGAAAUGUUUUAAGCCACUCAAGGACUGAACAGCCAGCGUGAAAAGAUUAUUUUAAUGCGCAAUAUUCAGACGAUUCGUACGGGGAAAUCCCACCAAAUCCACAUGUUCCGCACGAUUUAAGGAAAAAAACAAAACAAACAAUAAUGCAUUAAGUCCAGACUGGAUGAAGUGACUUGUUAAGGUGAAUAUUUGUGGCAAACAACGACGGAUGGCUCUCUCUCUGUCACACACAAGAACCCGCAGCCUGAACCAACAUUAAUCCAACAAGUCCAGGACGCACCUCGACCCUUUGCUUCUUGGAACUUUUCUUUCCUUUCAGAGUUUAGUUUCUUUAAAUUAUCCACAUAAACAAUAUAACUUCCUCCGCAGAGUGGGAAAGAAAAACAAUGGCACAAACUUAAUGCAAAUGUUCACCCCUUCUACAGGAAACCUGUGUGUUUUGUGUGUCUUUCUACGGCAGUGUUUUUGUGGCUCAAAUUGUAUAGUGUUAAUACGUAUUACUGUCUCCUAUAGUUGAACCAUAGGCCAUUAUUCCUCGUAGCUCGGUCAUACAAAGUCUUUUUGGAUGUUUUACAAAACGAUUUCCCUUGGAAGAAUUUAUUUUGGGUAAAAAAGAACAUAGAAAACAGGGGAACUGGAUGCAAACAUUGUAUUUAUUUCUAUAUAAUUUGCAUGUUGUCUCUCUGUCUGAUUUCAUUUACAAUGACCCCCCCCUCCCCAUUUUUGUGAGCAUUUAUGUAACAUGUUUUUGUCCAGGAUCUGAAAGUUAUUUAUAUGUAGGUAAUGGAUGCUUAUAUUUAAGAAGGAAAUAUUUCUACAUGUGCACAUAGUUUUCCAGGUGUACCAUUGAAAUGGUUGUUGAUGAUAAAAAAAAUAA